AUGGUGGCAGUGGUGGUAAUGAUGCUAGUGGAGGUGGUUGUGCUGGUGGUGGCAGUGGUGGUAAUGGUACUGGUUGUGGAAGUGCUGGUGCUGGUGGUGGUGAUUGUGCUGGUGGAGGUGGUACUAGUGGUCCAGGUGGUGGUGGCGGUGAUGGUGGUGAUGAUGCUGGUGCUGGUGGUAGUGGUUCUGGUGGUGAUUGUGCUGGUGGUGGUGAUUGUAGUGGUUGAUGGUUGUGGAGGUGGAGGUGAUGGUGGAAGUGGUUUUAUUAGUGGUGCAGGUGGUGAUGGCGGUCUUGGUGGUGAUGCUGCUGAUGUUGGAGGUGAUGUUGGUGGAGGUAGUGGUGCUGGUGUUGGAGGUGUUGGUGCUGGUGUUGGAGGUGCUGAUGGUAGUGGCGGUGGUGGUGACUUUAAUGAACCAGUAAAUGUAUAA